CCGCUCAUUCAUACAGCAGAGGGAGGAAGAGGAGGAGGAAGAGGAGGAGGAGGAGAACAGCUGCUGCAGCAGUGCGUACGUAGAAUUUUGCAUGAAAAUAGGAGGGGAGGUCAAAGUAAACAAAAACAGGAGCUUCGCUUCGUUCCUGCCAUGCCUGGCGUGGGGAUGAACCCGUCCAUUGACUUUUUGGAAUCAAGUGACUUGCGCUGGAGGGAUGCGCCGAUACUCAGGGGGAGGGAAGGGGGGGUCCAUCCGUUGUGACAAAGUUGAGCCAGAGCGGGAAUCAAGUUGAAAGAAAGCCCUUUGGACGUCUUUUCCAAAUGCCAGCUUUCACUUCCUAACGAGUCCAUCAUUUGGUCUUCUUUUGCAAAGUCAGCCCGGAGAGAAUGAGGUGUCGUUGGGCGAAGCAUGAGCCGUCAGGGAAUCCGUCGUAAGCGGCUGUUUCCGCUGUGGAGCGGCGCCGCUCUCGGCCUCUGGCUCUUCUGCUGCUGCUGCCGGACCUCGCGGGCCGAGGGAGCCGCCGUCCCGUCGGGCGGCUCGCUCGCAUGGCUUCUGUCGGAUAAAGGACCCUUCCAGCAGUCGUUGGAGUUCACCGAGGCUGCGGAGAGGCACCAGCAAGGCUUCAGCACCCGAUAUAAGAUCUACAGGGAGUUUGGUCGAUGGAAGGUCAACAGCCUGGCGGUGGAGAAACGAGACAGUCUCGGUGGAGGUCGUGGUCUGACCGUGCCCCUCGACCCCGAAUUCAUGAACACCGUCCGCCAGCUGGGAAGACGGCCGACCCUGCACGCAAUUACCCAGAGUCUAAUAAAAAAAUAUGGCACCCAUCUCCUCCUCGCCGCCACAUUGGGAGGAGAAGAAUCCCUAACCAUAUUUGUGGACAAAAGGAAGCUGGGUCAGGAAUCUCCGCCAGUGGCGACCGAGGGCAAUAAAAGCGACAACGCCAGCGGGGUAAUUACGCUAGAGGCGCUCCAUCAGCUGGCGGCGUCCUACUUCACCGACAGAGAAAGCACCCUACGUAGACUUCACCACCUCCAGAUCGCCUCUACUGCUAUACGGGUCACAGAAACCAGGACCGGGCCACUUGGAUGCAGCAACUAUGACAAUCUGGACACGGUCAGCUCGGUUCUGGUUCACAGUCCAGAAAAUAAGGUUCAGCUACAAGGGCUGCAGGUCGUCCUCCCCGGCUACUUGCGGAGCCACUUCAUCCAGGCGGCUCUCGACUACAUCGGCUGUAAAUCCCAGGGUCGUUUUAUGUGCCGAAACAACGAAUGCUGGUGUGAGUGCAGGGUGGAAUUCCCACAGUGCAACUGCCCUCACGCUGACCUGGACACUCUGGAAAACAACCUUGUGCGCAUUAGAGAGGCCUGGAGGCGGAGCAACUUGGAGUUUGAAGCAUCCGAGGAAUUCCAAAGCUUUGUUGGAAAGCUGCCGACGCAUUACGCUGUAAACACAUCUGUUGUGGAGCACUUAUGGAGGACAGAUGCCAGCCUGCUCCAACGCUACAGGCAACUCGAGACCAUCAACCAGCGGCUCUUCACCAAAGCUCGUCGCACCAUCAACAAGCUCUUCAGCCUCAGCAAGAGGUGCAGUAAACAGCCCGAAAUCGUCCUGCAGAGGCCGAGGUCUCUUCACUUCUGGCUGAGCUACACCCUCUCCAUCCUGUACUGCAGCGAGAACAACCAAGUGGGCGUCUACAACGACGAGAGCGCUCGAUGUUCCUGCCCUUAUAGCCAGCCGCCGUGCCAAGGGCUCAUCCCGUGCUCCACGGGUGACGGAGCCCGCUGUUCGUCUUGCUCGGCCGAGAACCGCACGCGCUGCUCCGGUUGCAAUCCCGGCUUCACCCUCAACCAGGGAGUCUGCAGGCACGCCGUGCCAGACCCUACGGACCCUUAUUUGGGUUUGGAGAGCGAUCGGGACUUCCACGACGUGGAGCUUCGCUACCUCCUCCAGAGACGCGAUCCGCGUAUCACUCUGCACGCCGUGUUCGUAAGCAACGACGUGCGGAUAAACACUUGGUUCGACCCGUCGUGGAGGAAGCGAAUGCUGCUGACCCUGAAGAGCAACCGGGUUAAAUCCAGCCGAGUUCACAUGCUCCUUGGACUGGCCUUGCAGUUUUGUCUGAGCAGGAACAGCAGCCUGGAGCCGGCUUUUUCGCUCUUUGUCAACCCUUUCGGGGGCAGCCAUUCGGAGAGCUGGACCAUGCCUAUAGGACAACACGGCUAUCCCGACUGGGAGCGGACCAAAUUGGACAUUCCCUUGGACUGCUAUAACUGGACCUUGUCUCUCGGGAACAGGCAAAAGAGCUUUUUUGAGACGGUGCAUUUUUACUUGAGAAGCCGUAUCAAGGAGGGCACGUCAACGGGACCCAAGAACGCUUCGGCGGACUACGACCCGGUGGAGGCGACCGAGCCGCCCAACAGCGUGGGUUAUAUGAAAGUGAACAGCAUGCAGCUGUUUGGCUACAGCAUGCACUUUGACCCUGAGGCGAUCCAGGACUUGAUCCUGCAGAUCGACUACCCGUACACUCAGGGAUCGCAGGACUCGGCUCUGUUGCAGCUGGUGGAGCUGCGCUACAGGGUCAACCGGCUCUCGCCUCCCGGGGCCCCCCACGUGGACCUUUUCGCCUGUCUGCUCCGCCACCGACUUAAACUCUCCGGUGCGGACGUGAGCAGGAUCCUCACCGCCCUGCAGACGUUCAGCGCCAGGCAACCGAGCUACGUGGAGUACGAGGCCACCAAACUCUGUAGCUAAUGGCGCUUUGGUUUUCUAUCUUCUUGCCGCAUACACUCCGGGCUUGCAUCCUCUUUCAGCCGGGUCCAUUUGUUGUCAAGUGAAUGGUCCAUUCUCGGAGGCUUUGUUGUACAUAAGCUGUUCUGCGAUUCAAAUCACCGCUAAUGUCAAUGUAGU